GGAGGCGUCUCCCUCUUCCGGGGGCGAGAGGGCAGGUCGCUGGCCGGGAUCUUUGCAAACGGUGCCCGGACCCAGCCGAGCCAGCAUGGCGCCCUGGAGAGACUGCAAGGCUUGGCAGGAUGCGGGUCUUGUGUUUUCCACCACGAGUAACGAGGCUUGCAAAAUGUUUGAUGCUGCUCUUACUCAGUAUGCAAAAUGGACAAACGACCAAACUCUAGGAGGCAUUGAAGGAUCUCUAUCAAAAUUGCAAGCAGCCGAUCCAAAUUUUAUAAUGGGGCAUGUGAUUACUAAUGGUUUGACUCUGAUUGGAACGGGGAGUUCAGUGCGCCUUGACAGAAAAUUAGAUAAAGAAAUAAAGAAAAUGUUGGCGCUGUCACAAUCUCAGCCGUUAACUGAGCGGGAAAAAUUGCACGUUUCUGCACUGGAGCUGUUUGCUAAUGGGGAGCUUCCUAAAGCUUGUGAUACGUGGGAACAAAUUCUACACAACCACCCAACUGACCUGUUAGCUAUUAAAUUUGCACAUGAUACCUAUUUUUACUUGGGGCGUCAAACACAGAUGAGAGAUUCCAUUGCCAGAGUAUAUCCUCACUGGACUCAUGACAUUCCUCUUAGCAGUUACCUGAAAGGCAUGUAUUCCUUUGGGCUCAUGGAAACCAAUUUCUUUGACCGUGCGGAGAAGCUUGCCUAUGAGGCUUUAGCUAUCAACCAGACAGAUGCGUGGUCCGUCCACACCAUCGCUCACGUGAAUGAAAUGAAACCAGACCUGAAGAGCGGACUGGCCUUCAUGAAGCAAACUGAAAGCAACUGGAAGGGUAGUGAUAUGCUUUCCUGCCAUAACUACUGGCACUGGGCUUUGUAUUUUAUUGAACAGGGUGACUACGAGGCUGCGCUGACUAUCUAUGACACUCAUAUCAGUCCCAGAUGCCAGUCAAGUGGGACCAUGCUGGAUAUUGUCGAUAAUUGCUCCAUGCUGUAUCGGCUGCAGCUAGAAGGUGUGAAGGUGGGUGACAGGUGGAAAGGAGUCAACCAUCUGACAAAGAAACAUGCCUCAGAUCAUCUCCUGAUCUUCAAUGAUGCUCACAUUUUGAUGGCUUCGUUAGGAGCCAAGGACCAAAACACUACUCAGGAGCUCUUAACAUCUCUCCAGGAACUGGUCCAGGCGCCUGGUGAAGACUAUAUACUAAACCUGGCUCCAAGGCUGGGCCUUCCUCUGUUGCAAGCAUUCGUAGAGUUUGAGAAUGGCAACUUUGACAAGGCAGUGGAGUUGCUGUACCCCAUUCGCUACCGGCUGGUUGAGAUAGGGGGAAGCAAUGCUCAGAGAGAUGUUUUUGCCCAGCUGCUCAUCCAUGCCGCUUUAAACUGUAAAUCCAAAGCUAACCAGAAACUUGCUCGAUGCCUCCUGAUAGAACGUGAAGAACUUAGGCCAAACGCACCGAUGACCGAGCGACUCAUGCGGAAAGCCACAGCUGUUCAUGCCUUGGGAUAAAACAUGGACCGUGGUUGUUCCAAAAGUUUCUAAUUGGCAUUCUUAAUAAGGAUCUUUUUCCUGUUAGGGCUGUAAGCCAUAAUCACUGCCUAAAUGCAAUAAGGAGACACAUCUUAAAUAGAUUAGGCCUUUGGGAACUGCAGUUACAGGGAUUCCUUUCCACUCCUGCACUUUCUGGUGUACUUCUUAUUCUUGCAUUGCUUUAAACAGUUUGUUCAAAAUCAAAUGCUCUCUUUACUCGUCUGGAGAAUGUAAAGAGGAAUGUGAGCUAACUGACUGCCUGAAAGAAGACACCCUUGCUGGAUUCCGAUAUUCUAAAACUCUAGUGGAGGUUGUUUGAUACUAGGAUUACUGGGGAUGAGCAAGGCGUUGAAUGUGGUGUGGACGUAUGGAACGUAGUUAUGAUCCACUGGGAUAUACAAGCAGCCUUAACAAUGAAUGUAUUUUGAACAGUUUUGCCUUGCGAUUCCUAGAAACACUUUUUUUUUUGCCUUCAGGUUACAGCUGAUUUACAGUGUGGUUUUCAAGUCAAGAGGCAGUUGGAAGCAGAGACGUAGCAAAUGGUGCCCGUGGCAAAAUGGUGUCCGGGCUCCGCCCCCCACAGGCCUCGCCCCCACUUACCUUAGUUCAGCCAGCUGCAAAGAGCAGCUGGACCUGCCAGGCUGCUCCAGGCUUCUGCCGAGCCUGGGGGGCAGGGCAAGGGGGGAAGGCGGAGGGGUGUGUGAGCCCCGCCCCUGCCCCCCCCCCAAUUACCUUAGUUCAGCUGCCUGAAAAGAACAGCUGGCUGAAAAAUCAGCUUGGCUGGGCCCGCUAGGCUGCUCCGGGCUUCUGCCGGGCCUGGGGAGGCCUGGGGGGGCCUGGAGGGUUGUGGGGGGGAGGGCUAUUUUCUGCCCCCGUGACACCAAUAGCGCACGCCCAGGGUGGAGCGCCCCCUACCCCAUGGUAGCUAUGCAACUGGUUGGGAAUGGUUUAGCAUUGCCUGCCUCUACAUCAGGACCAUGGUAUUCCUUGGUGGUCUCCCAUCCAAGUACUCACCAGGGCUAACCCUGCUUAGCUUCCAAGGUCUGAUAGCCUGGGCUGUGUAGGUUAGGGCAACUGUGUGCUGUUUUAGAUAUUCCUGUUCAUCUGUGGAACUCGUCAUUUCCUUGUGGCCACUGUGUGUGAAUAAAUGCUUUCUAACUCCAGGAUUAAAUAUCCACAGAUCUAUUUCUACCUGAGGGUACUUUCUCCAGGACAGGGUAUGUGGAAGGGAUUGGAUCCAUAUUGAUAUAUAUAUUUUUAAAUUAUGUGUUAACAACUGAUGGUUCUUUUGAAGUAGGGGGAAGAUGGCUUCCUUCGAUUGCCUGCCUUUAAGGCGGGAUGCUUGCCUCCUUGAAUUGGAAGGGGCAAGCAGAACAGCUGAAUACGGGACAGUUGAGAGAUCCAGAGGAGUUGGGAACAGACCCUGAUGGACAGGAGAAGAGGCGGAGACAGGCCAAUACAACCCAAGGGUGAAGAGGAAUUUUUCCACAGGAAAUUGUUACAUCUGGCACACUAACCACAGUGCAAGAAGAAUGGAUAAAGUGACCACGUGAUUGUGUUUGGUUCGACAGGUCUAUGUAUAUGUUAAUGUUUUCUUAAAACUCAGGAUGAUUAUACACAUGUGCAAAUCUUUA